UGUGCACGUGGAGCAGUGAGCAAUCCUUCAUCGUCGGUCCAGCAGUAUAGUAGAAAGUUAUGUAUCUCUCUCCUCUGGCCGCGUCUCCAUGUCCUCCUCGUCAACCGCUAGUGUGGACAACGGCUGAAUCUUCUUAGACGAGAAUGGAGAGACCCACUUCGGAUCUUUCACCAUCUCCAUGACUGGCUCUGGUAUAACUAUACGAGUAUAUAUGUAUACAGACGAAUACACGCAGAGAAAGGGAGAGACGUCCCCGUUCUGCAAAAACGAGGGGCAAUAAUACAGAGGCUAAAAAUGGGAGCGAUAUUGUGUGUUAGUGAAUGUGAAUUUUAGUUCACUUGCCUGAAGAAGAUUGCUCAGGGAUCGCAGAUGAUACUCUUGGUUUGUCUGCACGCGAAGCCCUUCACCCUUUGCGGUAACAUGGACCCGUACUUCGGCUGAAGAGUUCAGUUGUUAUGGGACCAGACUAAAAGAUUUAACAUAGAGGUUAGUGUGAUGUCAUCAGCUACUGAGAUUGCUGUUGUCUCCAGCCCAUUCCGACAGCUUGUGGGGCUUGGCCUGGUCUCGGAAUGAGACCUUGGACCAGGAGCUCAUUGUGUCUGGCUCUGUCGACAACACAGUCCGAGUGUGGGCGUGGUGGGCUUCUGUUUAUAGCAUGAAUAUGAUCAUUACGCCAUUGAUAUUUAUGUACGGGGAUGAUGGGAGGUCCCUAUUAGAGCCAAAGUGGACCUUUGAGGGGCAUCAAUUAGGGAAUCGUCUCCGUGGCAACCAACCCCACUGGAACAGUGGGAGCCAGCAGUGGUCUGGAUGGUGGUAUCAGGACAUGGGACCUCACCACAGGAGAAUGUGUCAGGAGUAUUGACGGAGGUCCAGUGGAUGUGUGGACACUCACCUUCUCCCCUGACUCACAGUUCAUAGCAACAGGUAGUCACAAUGGUAAGAUCAACCUUCAGUGCAUCGGAAGGAAAGAAAGCGAGUUCUCUGGACACCCGCGGCAAAUUCAUCAUGAGCGUCACCCACAGUCCAGAUGGGAAGUUGAUAGCGAGUGGUGCAGUGGACGGAAUCUUUGACGUGGCCACUGGAGCUCUCCUGCACACUCUGGAGGGCCACGCCAUGCCAGUCAGAUCUCUCUGCUUCUCUCCUGAUUCCCAGCUUCUCGUUACCGCCUCUGACGACAGGGACAUGAAGAUCUAUGACGUUGAAACCACAAAACUAUGAGGCCAAUGAUUUUCAUCGCUUGCAGAGGUCGUCCCUAUCUCGGAGACCCACGACCUACUCCGGCCAUGAGGAAGCAAUGUCUCUACUCCUCGUCUUCCUCUCCUCCCAGAUGUAUGGCUUCUCCUCCGGCUCUGGGAUUCUCCUACAACACAUUCUCUCCCUACCUACCUGCAGCCACCCAGCCUCCCUCCACACUGGCCGACGGGCGUACUACUCCUAUUAGUGCUCACCCAUCAGCAGAUGUGUGGCCAGAAUCCAUACCGUCGGUCCCUGCUACAGUUCACUGACGAACACAGCAGCAGGAAGACCAGGGCCCCAUUCUCUCUCAACCUCCAGAAACUGUACCUCUCUCUCUGCAAUAACCUGUCGGAGCAGACGACUCUGCUCCUCUAUCUCCUGCUACAGGGAAAUCCUCACGUCGCAUCUUUCAUCUUCUCUCGAUCUGACAUUGACCUUCUGGUGGUUCCUCUCCUCCAUCAUCUCCAUGGCUCCAGUCAGCAGCCCUCCAGUGCCCAUCAUGUCUACAUGCUACUCAUUGUUCUCCUCAUCUUCUCUCAAGACGACUGCUUCAACAAGUCCAUACACGAACUGCAUCUCCAGAAGGUGGAGUGGUACUCUGAGAGAUCACUGACCAACAUAUCAGUUGGUAGUCUGAUGGUAAUAGUCCUGGUCAGAACUAUCCAGGCCAACAUAUCCCACAUUCAGGACAAGUAUCUCCACACCAACUGUCUUGCUGCACUGGCUAACAUGUCUUCCCACUUCAACUCCCUUCAUCUCGAUGCCGCCCAGAAGAUUGUCACAUUGUUCAAGCAACUGGCUAAAAAGUACCACAGGAUGACACAGAAGACCACACCCACAACCACGCCCACUUCAGCCACACCCCUAUCCCCAGACUCUGAGGCUGUGUUCAGAGAGAGUGCAGAUUAUAGUACAGAGGUGGGGGUAGUGGAGGAGAUUCUGGUGAUGAUACUGGAGAUUGUCAACUCGUGUCUGGCACAUCGUCUGGCGACCAACCCCCACCUGGUCUACUGCCUCCUCUACCAGAGAGAGGUGUUCUCCCCGCUACACACCUCCCCUCCCCUCAUGGACCUCGUCAGGAACAUCCUCAGUGUGGUAGAGUUUUUCUCAAAGAAGUUGGAGGAGAGUGGGCCAUCUCCCUAUUCCUCUCCAUUUGUCCUGGAGACCAUCAUCAGAUGCUCUGCCACCUGGCCUCACCACAGACUACGGGUAUUUCCAGAGCUAAAGUUCCGCUACGUGGAAGAAGCUCAGCCGGAGGAAUUCUUUGUGCCCUACGUGUGGACCCUAGUCCACAAGAACUCUCCUCUCUACUGGCAGCAGUUUCACGUCUCCUCCUCUCCCUCCUCCUCUUCCUCCACCACUCCUCACUGACACUUCUCAACUCCCAUCCCCGAUUAUCAUCCUCAUCUUUUGCAUCAAUAUUGUCAUUAACGAACGCGGAUAACGAUAAACAAUUAUAUUAUUAGGUGGGGGAGUGGUGAUGGGUGUAGAGCUGGUAAGGGCAACGGUUGCACGCAU